GUCACAGGUUUUGUUUUGUACAGUGAUACCUUUAAAAAUGAAAUUAAGAAGGAACCUACCAGGCAAAGUACAAAUGAUACAUUUGAUUAUUUGGACGUUAAGGAAUAUCCUAUAAAAGAUGAAAUAGAACAAGAUGAGGGUUUCUUUUAUGAAGAUAUGAAAACUGAUGCCAGUAGCCUAUUAACAAAUGAUGAUAGAUGUAGCAGUAAUUUGGACCAAUAUAUAACUUCCACUACCAAUGUGAACACCGGAGGACGUUUUAUAUGUAUUAUUUGCAAGAAACCAUUGUCAAGCAAAUAUUAUUUAAAUUUACACAUGAAGAUACACACUGGGGAAAAACCUUUUGCAUGUGAAAUUUGUACCAAACGGUUUUCAAUGAAAAUAUAUUUAAAAUCGCAUAUGAGAGUGCAUACGGGUGAAAAACCAUUUGAAUGUGAAAUUUGCAACAAACAAAUUUCAAGAAAGGAUUCCUUAAAAAUGCAUAUGACAGUGCAUGCUGAUGAAAAACCAUUUGGGUGUAAAAUUUGCACCAAACAGUUUGCAUCCAAACGAGUUUUAAAAUCUCAUAUGAGAUGUCAUCCUAGUGAAAAACUAUUUGAAUGUGAAAUUUGCACCAAACAGUUUUCAACAAAGGAUUCUUUAAAAUGCCAUAUGAAAGUGCAUACUGGUGAAAAACCAUUUGAAUGUGAAAUUUGCACCAAACUGUUUAAUUCAAAGAGUCAUUUAACGCAACAUAUGAGAGUGCAUACUGGUGAAAAACCAUUUGAAUGUGAAAUUUGCACCAAACAAUUUUCAACAAACAGUUAUUUAACGUUACAUUUAAAAUUACAUGCUGAUGAAAAAUCAUGUAAAUGUGAAAUUUGCAACAAACAAUUUUCAGCAAAGACUUAUUUAACAAACCAUAUGAAAUUGCAUACUGAUGAAAAACCAUUUGAAUGUGAAAUUUGCACCAAACAAUUUGCAAUAAAGCUCUAUUUAAAAAAUCAUAUGAGAGUGCAUACUGGUGAAAAACCAUUUGAAUGUGAAAUUUGCACCAAGCAGUUUGCAACGAAACAAGUUUUACAAUGGCAUAUGAGAGUGCAUACUGGUGAAAAACCUUUCGCGUGCAAAAUAUGCUCCAGAAAAUUUUCACAUAAUUCUAGUCUAAAAGCACAUGCAAAUUCACAUUUGUGCGUAGCUCCAUUGGGAUCCGGGAGAUCAUCAUCAUCAUCAUCAUAAGUUACUCGACAAUCCGUUGUGGAUCUUGGCCUGCUCGCAAAUAAGUCACCACUCCUGUCGGUUCCUGGCAACUUCCCUCCAUCUUCUAGAAUUUUUAGGUCUUCUUCUACAUCAUCAAUCCAUCUUCUUCGUGGUUGUCCUCUACUUCUUGUGCCCUCUGGUUUUUGAAAAAGUUAAUUUCUUAGUGUAUUCAUGAUCUGGCAUCCUAGCAAUGUGUCCAGCCCAUCUAAGUCUCUGCACUUUAACGAAUUUCACAAUACAUAUCUGGAUCGGUGUAUAACUGAUACAAUUCAAAGUUGUAUAUUCGACACCAUAGCCCAUUUUCAUUCAGGACCCCAAAAAUGUUUCAUUUUUCUAAGAAUUUUUCUCACAAAAAUACCCAGAAGUAUUUCAUCAUUUUGAGAUAAGGUCCACGUUUCAGCCCCAUAUAUCAAAACCGGUUUUAUUAAGGUCUUGUAUAUUUUGAGCUCUAGAUACUGCACGUUUUAUAUUUUUAUUUUUAAAUGUUUCUGGAGACCGUGAACAGUUUUGUUUGCUAUUGCUAUGCGUCUUUUUAUUUCAUCGCUUGUCGUGUUUAUUGAGUUUACUAGAGAUCCAAGAUAUGUGUAUUCCUUGACUUGCUCAAAGAUAUGGUUGUUAAUUUGAAUUCUCUGUUGGUUAUUUUGGGGAUUUGUAGAAACCAACAUACAGAGAGAGUCUGUAAAGUGGAAUAAAUUCAAUAUCUCAAAUACUAAUUGUUUUUUUGGAAAAUGCUCAGACCCGUCGAUUAGUAUUUCAAAUUGUCCUUUUUGACAUUCAAUAAUAAUGUAUACAG